AUGUCGGCGUCGGCGUCUCAACGAAAAACUCUGAGCAUUUCUGAACAGUUGGAGCUCAUCGACGAUGUCAAAGUGAAGAAACUCAAACUGGCCGCUGCAGCCAAAAAGUACGGAAUCGGUUAUUCAACAGCAGAAGACGAUCUCAGAUCUUGCAUGCAAAUGAACGGAAACACUAAUCGCAAACGAAAACGCCAAUCCGUGCACAAGGACGUUAACGAAGCGCUUACACAAUGGUUUACGCAAGCAUGUGCUCAUGGAGCUACCGUUACCGAUCACGUCAUCAGGCAGAAAGCAUCACAACUGGCCGUAAAUCUUGAAGUUGAUUUUGAACCAAGCAAUGGCUGGCUCAUGCGCUGGAAGCAGGCCAAUAACGUUUCGUUCAAAAAAUUUCACGGCGAAUCAACGUCAGCAGAUCACGGUUCUGCCAACGAAUGGGUGACAAACGUUUUGCCGCAACUUUUUCGUGGAUAUGAUCCAAAAGAUGUUUGGAACUGUGAUGAAACGGGAAUUUUCUACAAAGCCAUGCCGUCUGGAUUUUUGCGAUUUGCCGGCGACGAACAGUCAAAUGGGACAAAAGUUCCCAAAGACAGACUCACGAUGUUUCAGUUCACAAACAUAGACGGCAGUGAAAAGCAAGCUGUAGUUGUUGGUAAGUCGGCAAAACCACGGCAAACAGAUUUUGACGAAUUUAUCAGCUUCGACGACCGUACACAAUGUUAUGGAGAACUGACUGACACGGACAUCACACGUGGUAUAAAAUCGGAUGAUCAAGAUUUUGACGAAGAUGAUAAUGCUGAAAGCGUAAGUUCUGAAGUUUCUGAAAGUGACAAACCAGUGCCAAAUUCUCUGGCUGCAUUGAAUGCGCUUGAAACUCUGACAGCCUACUUAGAAGCAAAAAGCAGUAAUCCUGAUGGCGCAUUGAAAAUGAUUUACGGACUAAUACUCUCUCUCUCUCUCUCUCUCUCUCUCUCUCUCUCUCUCUCUCUCUCCUCUUUCCUCCUCUUCUCCUAG